UUGGAUUUGUCCCAUGUGCAGCAAAUAACACAUCACUCCUGGUUACAAAACAUCUGGACAACAAAAGACUCAGAGGAGUUUAAAGUGAGACAGCUGUGAGCAAACCCAGCAGACGGACUGAUUUUCUUCAACAUGAAUCCUGCUCUGGUGGCGCUGGCGUCGGCUUUGCUGGCUACGGUGGCAGCUCAGUCUCACGACCAUCAUGACAUGGACUGGGUCAACGGCUAUCGGCAGGGCUUUAACUUCCAGUGUCCCCACGGAGAGGUCCUCGUGGCCAUCAGGAGCUACUACAGCGAGACGGAUGGCUCAGACCGCUUGUGGACAUUUGAGUGCCAGCCCACACCUGAGGGUCUGGGGGAGCCCAGUGACUGCUGGUGGGACGACAUCAACCGUGCUGGGAUGGAGUGGACUUCAACAUGCACUCGCAACGGCCUGGUAGCGGGAGUACAGAGCAAGUACUUUGAAUCCGUUCUUGACCGGGAGUGGCAGUUCUACUGCUGCUACUACAAACGCCGCUGUCCCUAUUCCUGCAUGAAAACGAAUGACAUUCCUGAGUACUUCAGAGAAGAGGCAGAGCUGGUUGUCCCUUCUUAUGGCUACUUCAUCCGAGGCGCCCAGACUACCUUCAGUGGAGUGCUAAGAGAUCGGCAGUGGAAGUACAUCCUGUGCAGAAUGACAGACUUUGACUGUGAAUUUGAAAAUUUAUAGACUUGUAAUCAGCAUUUUUUUUUCAUAUCCAUAAACAUUUUAAACUCAGCAUACUCAUUUACUCUGAAAAAGAUAAUCCUGACAUUAUCCAUUACUGAUAUGAUUCAUGUUUUCAUUCAUGUAUUUGCUUUUGUAAAAUGGAUCAACCACUGGCAUGUAAUAUAUGUCUGUAUAAUCACAGUUUUUUAGUCUAGCAUGCAAAAAUGACUACUCAUAUAAAGGUAAAUGUCAAAUUGAACAUCAACACAGGUGGUCUGCAGGGGAUUUUGGCUCCGCCAGAUACUUUGGAAAGGUUAAGUGUUUUCAGUUCGUUGCUGGAGGAACUACAAGCCAUUUGGCAGAUUGUGAAAGUGUUUUUCCAAAACAAAGUGAAUUAGUUAUGGCUGUGGUCAUGGUGGUGGUAAAGACUGCACCAGGCUCCACUCCAAGAUCUCUGAGUUAAAGUCACGUGAUGGACAAACAAAAUUGUUUGUGGUCGGACCAUUUUCACGGUCAUAAAGGCAUUCAGUGAGCGGUGGGAUGUGACUGAUUGGUGUAUUGUUUUGGAGGUCAACUCUUGGAACAGCUGUGUAUGUGCGGCAAGUAAUGAAAAGGUCUUUCAGAAUCACUGGCAACAUUAACUUUGGAUGCAGUGAAGAGUCUCCCACCUACUUUCAAUUUACUUCAAGUCUCUUUUAUUAAAGUGUUUUGUUCAGUUUUUAUUAAUUACAGCUAUGCAGUUUACUGUAAGACUAAUAUAACUAUACAGUGUGAAAAUGGGAUUAAAAACCAUGCACUUCUUUUGAAAUCUUUGUAUGGUCAUUUAUUUAUUGGUCUGCCGUGCAAAUUCAUCUAACAUAAUGCAAAAAAUAAAAUAGUUUUGCAUGUUGGAAAAAAAGAACAACGUAGUGUAUGAGGUUUAAAAUGUAAUAUAAGAAUUUUGAUU